AUGGGCUCCAUGACCCGCGUCCGAGCCUAUUCGUUCUCACCAACACAAGCCUACAAAAUCACCAAAGCAGCUAUGAACAUGCUCACAGCCCAAUGGGCCAUGGCGUUAGAAUCGGAGGGCUUCACCGUGUUGGCCAUCACACCUGGUUGGCUCAAGACAGACCUCGGCAGCCAGAAUGCGGAUCUCCUCGUCGAGGUCGGCGUUGAAAGCGUCAAGAAGAUUAUCCUCGAUGCGAAGACGAGCGAUAAUGGCAAGUUCCGGAAUAUUCAGGUUCAUGGGUGGGAGAAGGACAAGGUUGAUGGGUCGAACUAUUAUGAGGGGGAGGAGGUGCCUUGGUAA